AUGAUGCCUAAAAACUACCAGCACAUCCUGACAUUGUUAUUUGUUGUGAAGGAGAUCAAUGAAAAUCCCACAAUCUUACCCAAUGUCACCUUGGGUCUCCACAUCUUUGAUAACAACAAUAGUCCACAGAAGACUUUUCAUGGCACCAUGGGCCUACUUUCCACAAAGCACAAGUUUGUUCCCAACUACAAGUGUGAUGCCCAGAACAAUCUAAUAACUGUUAUUGGGGGACUAGUUUACGAGACCUCCAUCAACAUGGCCACCAUCUUAAAUGCAUUCAAAAUUCCACAGCUCACUUACGGCUCAUUUGUCUCAGGGAUGAGUGACAAAACAUUACUCUCUUGCUUGUACCAAAUGGUUCCAAAUGAAAGCCAUCAGUACACUGGGAUUGUCCGAUUACUUCUGCACUUCAAAUGGACAUGGGUUGGGCUCUUUGCUUUGGAUGAUGAAAACGGAGAACGGUUUUUGCAAGAGGUGGUCCCAAUGCUAUCCCAGAAUGGCAUAUGUUUCGCCUUUAUAGAAAGAACUCUAACAAACACUUUUUAUACUGAAAUACUAAUCUUAUUUUUUAUUUACUUAAAGAGAUUUCCAGCUCUCCUGAAGAACAAAGCAAAUGUAUUUGUUGUCUAUGGGGCAUUUCCAUCCAUGUUCUUGUUGAGUUGGCUUCUUCGUGGAUCUGUCCUAGAUUCACCUAUAGGUAAAGUGUGGGUUGUGACAGCCCACUGGGAUUUCAGCUCAACUACCAGUGAAAAAUACCAUAAUAUACAACCAUUCCAUGGUGCCGUGUCCAUCACAGUACAUUCAAGGGAACCACUAGGAUUUAGGAAAUUUCUUCAGAGUGUACAUCCUUCUUGGAUAAAAGAAGAUGGUUUUAUCCGGGACUUCUGGGAGCAGACCUUUAGCUGUUCAUUGAAAAAUUCCAGUGUGAGGGAGGGUAAGAACAUCAAAGAAGGCUGUACCGAGGAGGAGAAGCUCGAGAACCUUCCCGGACCUUUAUUUGAAAUGGGCAUGACUGGCCACAGCUACAGUGUCUACAAUGCUGCCCAUGCCAUUGCACAUGCUCUCCAUGUUAUGUACGAAACCAGACUCAAACACAGAACAUGGGUGGCUAGAGGGAAGCUGGAGCCUUGGAAUCCACAACUGUGGCAGCUCCAUUCCUUUCUGAGGACCAUCUCAUUCAACAACAGUGCUGGAGAGAGAGUGCGGUUUGAUGAAAAUAGAGAAAUAUUCGCAGGAUUCGAUGUUACAAACUGGAAGACUUUCUCAAAUAAAUCUUUUUUUAGAAUACGAGUUGGAAGCCUGGAUCCUCAUGCUCUUGCAGGCAAGAAGUUAACUAUUCAGGAUGAAAUCAUUGUUUGGCCUAGGACAUUUAAUCAGGUGCUACCCAUUUCAGUGUGCAACGACAAGUGCCAUCCCGGUUACAGCAGAAUAAAGAAGGAAGGGGAGCCAUUCUGCUGUUAUGAUUGUAUUCCAUGUCCAGAAGGGAAGAUUAGUGACCAGAGUGAUAUGAAUACCUGCAUCAUAUGCCCAGAAAAAUGUUAUGCAAAUUCAGACCACGAUCAGUGCCUUUCCAAGGUUAUAAGCUAUCUCUCAUAUGAUGAACCUUUGGGGAUCAGCUUAGCAUUGUCAGCUAGUUGUUUUGCUCUGACCACAGUUUUGGUUCUUGGGACCUUCAUCAAGCAUCAGGAAACUCCCUUAGUCAAAGCCAACAACCGGAGCCUCACCUACGUUCUUCUCACCUCUCUCUUUCUUUGUUUCCUUUCCUCCUUACUAUUCAUUGGACAGCCUGACAAAGUGACUUGCCUUCUCAGACAAACUACUUUUGGCAUUGUCUUCUCCGUGGCUCUUUCCAGUGUGUUGGCCAAAACCGCCACUGUGGUAUUGGCAUUCAUGGCUACCAAACCAGGAUCCAAGAUGAGAAAAUGGAUAGGGAAAAGAAUAGCCAAUUCUAUUGUCCUUUCCUUUUCCUUUAUUCAAAUAGGCAUAUGUACCCUUUGGCUAACAACUUCUCCUCCUUUCCCAGACAUGGACAUGCAUUCAUUCCAUGAUCAAAUCAUACUGGAAUGCAAUGAGGGCUCAGUGACUCUUUUUUACUGUCUCUUGGGCUACAUGGGCUUCCUUGCAGUUAGUAGCUUCAUUGUGGCAUUCUUUGCCAGGAAGUUGCCAGAUAGUUUCAACGAAGCCAAGUUUAUCACUUUCAGCAUGUUGGUCUUCUGCAGUGUUUGGCUGUCCUUUAUUCCAACCUACCAGAGCACCAAAGGGAAAUCCAUGGUGGUGGUUGAGAUCUUUUCUAUCUUAUCCUCCAGCGCUGGGCUUCUGGGAUGCAUCUUUUCCCCUAAAUGCUACAUUAUUAUGAUGAGGCCCAAAAUGAAUAACAAGAGGAGUAUAAUGAGGAAAAAUUAA